GGUGAUUUUUAAUUGUAAGAACAAUUAAAUGAACGAACUUCGCAGCAGCCAGAGGCUUCACAGAACAGCACUGCCAGGAAAGAUAUAUUCUCGGAAGUCAUGGGUGACGAACGACAUGGCCGUGUUCACACUUACGAGUUAGGUCCCUCUCCUUCUGAUAUAUGGGGCACAAUAUCCCACAGUGUCCAGUCCCAAGGGAAGGCCUCCAAUGCUCAGAAGAGAGAUGAACAAUAUGAGGGAUUGCAUGCUAAAAUAUCUUCCCUAAGAGAAACUAUGGCUGAUAGAGAUGCUCAAAUAUCUUCACUAAGAGAAACUAUGACAACAUUUAUGGCUGCCAUAAUGAAUCCAAGCAUUAAUCUAGCUACAUUAUUAGGUGUUUCAGCUAAUCCCAACUUGAACCAACCCUCCUUAUCAUCAAGCCACUUGGUUCCAACCCCUCGGAGAGACUUGGCGAAUAAGGGGAAUUCUACGAGUUGCACUAAUGUGACUCAAGUUCUUCUUAAGAGUAUUGUAAGGCCUGGGGAUACUAUAGCUAAAGGAACUGUUUUGAGCACGGAUCCAUUGACAAAAGUAGGGGGCAAAAACUUGGAGUUGGUUUCUGGGAAGUAUCUGUUCAAGUGGCAAUGGCACGUGAUGAGGAUUUGAUAAGGACCCAUGGACGCUAUAAAACAAUAGGGGAUGCAAUUGGAACGGGUAUUGCUUGGCCCACUACUUUAUGUAUGGUAAUUUUUAUUUUUUUAUUUUUUUUAAGCAAUAGAACUUAUUGUAUGAGAUUGUGAAUAGUAAUUGAUUUAUUUUUGUUAUUUUUUAUAGGUUGUAGACAGAAAUGGAUGAUGACUACAUGGGAGAAGUUUUUAUUAAGUAUUUUGGAACUAUAAACAUCUUUUGUAAGUGGGGGUACUAGGGAUCCGUGGUUUCAAACUUUUGGAUUGAGUUAGACACAUCUAAACAGUUUAUUUUUAUCUUAGUUUAAUUACAGAGGGCACAUCUAAACUCAUCUAAUCUCUUUAAUUUAAUCUUAGUUUUAUAAGAUUAUGAUUUGUGAUUUGAA